GCCCUCCCCGCCGAGGUGAGGCCAUCCGAUCCCCGCCGCCCACAGCCCGCCGAGCCAGUCCUGCCGCGUCAGGCAGCCGCGGCCCCGCAGGUCCCGCCCGGCUGGUUCCACAAGUUUUUGACAGUUUCUUAGCGGCGGAGGGAGAAGCCGAGUCUGCCGUGGCGGCGCUGGGCUGAGGCCGAGGCCGAGGCGCUCUGCGGAGGACGAAGCUCUUCCCACCGGCCGCCUCCCCGCCGGCACCAUGUCUCGGGACCCCGACGAGGUGAACAAGCUGACGGAGAGCACUUACAAAAAUGUUAUGGAACAGUUCAAUCCAGGACUGAGGAAUUUAAUAAAUCUGGGGAAGAAUUAUGAAAAAGCUGUUAAUGCUAUGGUAGUGGCUGGAAGAGCAUAUUAUGAUAGCCUUGCAAAGAUUGGGGAUAUAUCAGCUGAUUCUCCAGUUUCUAAAGAAUUAGGCCAAGUUCUCGUAGAAAUUUCAAGAACACACAAGAAACUUAAUGAUAGUCUAGAGGAGAGUUUCAAAAAAUUUCAUAAAGAAAUUAUAUCUGAACUGGAGAAGAAAACAGACCUGGAUGUAAAAUACAUGAAUGCAACUUUAAAGAGGUACCAAACUGAACACAGAAGCAAAUUAGAUUCUUUAGAGAAGUCUCAGGCUGAGCUGAAAAAAAUCAGAAGGAAAAGCCAAGGAGCACGAAAUGUAAUGAAAUAUGAGCAUAAAGAAAUGGAGUACGUGGAAACCGUGAGCUCUCGACAGAGUGAUAUUCAGAGAUUUAUUGCAGAAGGCUGCAGAGAAGCUCUCCUUGAAGAAAAAAGAAGAUUCUGUUUUCUGGUUGACAAGCACUGCAGCUUUACCCAGCACAUGCACUUCUAUCACAUUCAGUGUGCGGACUUCCUAAAAUCCAAGCUGCCUGGGUGGCAGGAAAUCUGCAGUGAUGCCACCAAAGUGCCUGAAAAAGUCAGAAUGAUGAUAGAUGAAAUAAGGACACCUGGUUCCACUCCAGUAUCGGGAACUCCACAGCCUUCACCAAUGAUAGAGAGAAAUACCAUGAUUGGAAAUGAUUUUUAUCAUCAUCACGAAAAUGCAUCAAAGGUGCCCCCUGCUCCUACAGGUAGGGCGUACACCAGUCCACUCGUUGAUAUGUUUAACAAUCCGGCAACAGUUCCAAAGACAUCUUCUGAAAAACUAAAUAAUUCAGCAGAGAAUUCAGAUGAUGCCAGUUUAUCACGUUCAACUUCCGUUGCCACGGGACUAAAUAUAAUGAAAAGGCAAAAAGUAAAGACAAUCUUCCCACAUACUGCUGGAAGUAACAAGACAUUGCUUAGCUUUGCACAGGGGGAUAUCAUCACGCUUCUUGUAGCUGAAGAAAAGGAUGGCUGGCUUUACGGGGAACAUGACUCGACUAAAGUAAAAGGAUGGUUUCCAUCGUCGUAUACUAGACCACUAGAAGAACCAGCAGAAGAAAAAGCAUUUGUACCAGUGCCAAGCCCUGCACCAAUCCGAAGUAUUAGUUCUGUAAAUCUUGUGGAAAAAGGUGAUGUUGUCCUCCCACCGCCAGACUAUCUGGGGUCUCUGCAAACAGAUAAAAGAAUGGAGUCUUCCAAAGGUACUACUGUUAAAACACCAACCGACAGACCAGACAAUGCAGGCCCGAAACCUGAUAUGAAUGGCAUUAUAAAACCACCUUUUCUAAGUGGAGAAAAUCCUUUUGCAACUGUGAAACUCAGACCAACAGUAACAAAUGACAGAUCAGCACCAAUUAUUCGAUGAAUAUACAGUCCAUACACAUGUACUUCCUCCUUAUAAACACCAUUUUCAGUAAUGACAAUUACUAUCUAAACUUGUUCUAAAAAUUUAUGUAAAUGUAAUUACUGUACAAUAGAAUCAUACUGGAAUGGAGUUGAUUUUUUUUAAAACCUACACUUCCUAAUGAGGUAAUUGCUUUGGGCUAAUGUUUGAGCACUUUGGCUUAUUUUACAGUAUGCCUUUUUUUGUAGUAGGAAUUGUGAAAAUACUGGAGAUAGUUUGGAUACUCUAGUAAACCAGUGUAACUAAUAGCUCACAAAUCUGAAUCUUUGGCAUUAUUUGGAAACUGCAAUAGUAAGUUCUAGACUAUAAGCCUGCAUAAGCCACUUACUAAAUAAGAAAAAGAUGAUUUUUUUUUCCCAAACAGAACAAUGUAACAACUGCCUUAUUCCAGAAUAGAGAAUUGCCUGUAUAAAGUGAUUAUAUAUUAUUUUGUUUAAGAAAGACACUCUCGGUUAUAAAUAAAUAUUUAUCCUUUAAGAAUAGACCAUUUGUAAUGCUUUGCUUAAUGUUCAGAUACAAAUUUUCAAGUGUUAACAUAAACCUAUUUUAAGUCUAAUGUUGUACUGUCAACACAUUCUUCAAUGAUAACUUUCUUUCAAACAUGUUGUCAAACUUUAGUCUUAUAAAAAGUCAUAAUAAAACAGUGCCAUGAUUUUUUUCUCAAA